GUCCGGGGAGGGGUGUUGGAGCAGCUGCACCGAGCUCUGCGUGGAAAGAGGAUUUAGGGCAGGGGGUCGCCAUGAUUCGCUUUAUUCUGAUCCAGAACCGUGCUGGCAAAACGCGUCUGGCCAAGUGGUACAUGCAGUUUGACGAUGACGAAAAGCAAAAGCUCAUCGAGGAGGUCCAUGCUGUUGUGACUGUGCGGGACGCAAAGCACACCAACUUUGUUGAGUUCCGCAACUUCAAAAUUAUCUACAGGCGCUACGCAGGGCUUUAUUUCUGCAUUUGUGUGGACGUGAACGACAACAACCUCGCCUACCUAGAAGCCAUUCACAACUUUGUGGAGGUGCUGAAUGAAUAUUUCCACAACGUCUGUGAGCUCGACCUCGUCUUCAACUUCUACAAGGUUUACACCGUGGUAGACGAGAUGUUCCUAGCCGGCGAGAUCCGAGAGACCAGCCAGACGAAGGUCCUGAAGCAGCUUCUCAUGUUGCAAUCCUUGGAAUGAGGAGCCGAGAAGUAGAUCCCCUCGGAUCUCCCCCUGGCAAGAUCCUGCCGCUCCCCCCUCCAAGGCUCAUCUCUCUUCACCCCGGUCCCCUGAAUCAGUGACUUGCUCAGAGCAAAUUUUUGCCACUUAACCUGUAGCUGGAGGUUUGCGGAAAGCGGGGGGGGGGGCAUCUUGAAUUGGCAUUCCUAGUUCGGAUUCCUAGCCGUGCUUCCUCCUGCAUGGGCCGAAUAUGCAAAGGGGGCGGGGAGGCCGCAGGUUGGGACUGGGUUGCUUUUCUGGAAAAGGGUGGGAGUGGAGAAGUAGAGAUAGCUGCCGCACCCCACCCUCCCUGUGCUACCAUCCCAACACAACCUUCUGUCUCUGCCCUCCAUGUCACCAGCCUGCUGCCCACCCCUGUCCAUUCACGUAAGAAAAAAAAGUGUUGUCUGCCGUAGAAGAGGGACCAUAAGUGUGUGUGAGUGCGUGUGAUGAGUGUUUGUACUGCCAGUAAAGUGAUGUACUGAUUAAAUAAAGCAUCUAUGGGACACUUAAACACCCA